AUGACAAGGUUAAAAAUAUUGGGACUUUAUUGGUACAUAUCUAUUCACUUCAUCUUACAAUCACAAUUCUUUUUCCCAGUAUGCACAAAUGUGAGUUCUGUUGCAGAGGAUCUAGUAAAAGAUGUACUCUCAAAACCAGAAGUCACAGAGGUUGACACAAAGGGAUUGGUGGAGGAUCAUUCAACCUCAAGAUCAUGUUCUCCAGAUGUAUCCACUCAUGAAAAGCCUCAACUUCUACCUCAAGAAGUAAGAAAUAUCUGGGAUCAAAUAUUUCAAAAGAGUUGGGGCUCAAAUCAGUUUCCUGAAUUAUACAACACCUUUCUUGAGGUUCUACUUUCAAAUCCUGAAGAAUGGAGUGACAGAAUGAUUUAUUUCUGUGAAACUUUGGAAUUAGAAGGACCCAGAAGAGAUAUAAACAAGCAAAUUGUAAUCUUUCAAGUCCUAAAUUUGAUUGGGGAAGAAUUUGAUCUGGACAUCAAGGCAGUACAAGCUAUAUUAUCUCAGUUGACAAAGAUGGAUUCUGAUCUUUGGAUGAAUGAUCUGAAGAUUGCAAUCAAAUCAUACACUUGGAAGAUGAAGGAUUACAUCAAAAGACUAAGUGAAGACAGGGAGAUACUUGAGUUUUCAUCAAUGGAAAAAAAUCUGGGAAAGAAUGGUUUAAAACUUUCAGGAGAUUGGUCUCCAGGAAACCAAAAACAAAUCUUCUUACUCUGGACAUCCUGUAUGAACCUUUAUACCCAGGCUGACAGUGAAAGGAAAAGAGUCAUAGAAACCCAAGUUGUUUAUAUCAAUCAACUACAGGAAGCUUCAAAAUUCCCUGGAAAUAAAUUGUACAUUGGAAUGGAAUAUAUGCAUUGGGCUCACAGGAAAUUGAAAGAAUAUAAAGAAACCAUGAUUGAUUACAUCAAGUCCUUGAAGGUUGAAGGACAGGUCAAUGAAUAUGCUUCAUUUCAAUCAAACCUCAAGAGAUAUGGGAUCAAUAUACUAAAUCACUGGGGUGAAAAGGAGAAAAUGAAGUUACUCAUAUUUUGGUCAAAUUAUAUGCCAAUGUAUCUAGAAUUAUCAAAGGACAUGAAUAUGUUUCAAUUUCAACUUAUGAUGGAAGAGCUAAUAACUCAAAACUUUGAAGAGACAAGCCUUAUCAUGAAUCAGUUUCUUGAUCAAUUGGAAGGCUCUAAUCAAUUUAAAGGCAGCAGCUCUUUUUUCCCUUUCAUCAAAUACUUCUCUGAAAAUACUGGGUCACCAAAAUUCAAGCUCAAAAGCAUUGAUAUCUUGAAUGUAUUUGAGGAAAGAACUGCAAGACUAUUAGAUCACCAAUUAUAG